GACACACGAUGGCGGGUGGUAGCAAUCCAGCAGCCAAGAGGGUGGUGAUAUACCGGAACGGGGACCCCUUCUCCCCAGGUCGCCAGCUGGUGGUGAGCCAACGCCGCUUCCCCACCCUGGAGACCUUCCUCCGCGAGGUGACCUCGACUGUGCAGGCCCCGGUGGCUGUGCGGGCCCUCUAUACACCUCGGGGUGGCCACCCUAUCACAGACCUGGCCGACCUGCAGAACGGAGGGCAGUAUGUGGCUGCUGGCUUCGAAAGAUUCCGCAAGCUGAGCUAUUUACCCCCCGGACAGAAGGAUCCAGGUGGGAAGAGCAGCAGACUACCAGGUCCUCCUAUGACUCACCGCCCAGGGGAUGGGACCCUUGGACCGCGACCACUUGCACAUUGCCCCUGCUAUAUUCGUGUGUUCAGGAAUGGGGACCUGGUAAGUCCCCCAUUUAGCCUGAAGUUGCCCCAGGCUGCUGGCGAGGACUGGGAAGCUGUGUUGAAGCUCCUGACUGAGAAGGCCAAACUUCGGGCCAGGGCUGUGUGCAAACUCUACACCCUGGAGGGGCUCCCACUGUCAGCAAGAGACACUCUGAUGCAUGGCCAUUAUUAUGUGGCAGUUGGAGAGGAGGAAUUCAAGGCCCUCCCCUAUCUGGAGCUGCUGGUGCCCAGCCCCUCUUUGCCCAGGGGCUGCUGGCAACCCCCAGACCCAAAGUCUAAGCCCCACAAGCAGCAGGCCCAGGGCCACAGGGCGCAGGUGCCCCAGCCCUCUCCAAAGGAGCCAAGCCCCACUGAGUCAUCUGCCUUCUAUGCCAGACCCCAGCAGGCCCUUCAGCCAAGCAGCAGGCUCCCCACGCUCUCGUUUCCAUCAGGAGUCAAGGGAGUGUAUGAGGCUCCCCACCCGAGGAAGGAGACUGCAGGGGCCCAGGAAGUGGCAGAUGAUGAAGACACCUGCACGGAGGAACCCUUGGAUCAGAGGACAGCACAGAUGGUGGAUGAGGCCCUGGGCCUGGAAAAGCAGCCUGGGGCUGGGACAGCAGUCUCAGCCUCAACCCCGUCUCUGCCAUCCUGGGAGUCAGCAGCUCCGGCCAGGAACUGGGGCGGCCACUCUGCAGCCUGUUCCAGGGGACCCAGCACCGCCCCUGGGCUCACAGGAUCCCUGGCAGCCCCCUCGGCCCCGCCCCACUCUUCUGCUCCUAAACCUACAGCCCAGUCUUCUCUUCCUUCUGAGCUGGGCAGCCCUAGCCGUGGAGGCCACGUUCCCAUGGGGUUCUCCAGCCAGGACAGGAGGAGACAGGAGGAGCGCGCUGAGCUUGGGGGAGAGGCUACAACCAUGGGAGCAGGUGUGUUGCGCUAG